AGUGCACUAUGCGUUACACAUGAGAGCCGGUGGCGUCGCGAGCCGGUGAGUAGUGUAGGCCUUAGAUGCUAAAUUUUAGAGAAUAAAAUCAGGUCAACGAUGAUGCAAACAAGCCCAUUAUUUUUCCUCCUUCGACGGAGUAUUCAUUUAGGAGGAAUCACUAAGUCGGCCGCGAAAACCGAUUUAGCUAAGCUUCGAAAGAAAACUGGUUUCACAUUUCUGAAUUGUAAAAAAGCUUUAAAGGAAUUUAACAAUGACAUAGUAAAAGCUGAAGAAUGGUUACACAAACAGGCAGAGAAGGAAGGUUGGAGCAAAGCCACAAGCUUACAGGGACGGGAAACAGCUCAGGGAUUGGUUGCUGUUUUAUGUCAAGACAAUUAUGCAACUAUGGUAGAGGUAAACUGUGAAACUGAUUUUGUUGCAAGGAAUUCACAGUUUCAGCAAUUUGUAGGGAAAGUAGCAUCAAUGGCUUUGAAGCAACACAGAAGUGAAAACUCUGUUAUAAAUGAUGUUGGCAAGGUUGAGUUGAUGGGUGACAAAUUGGAUGGUUUGAAAUCUGAGCAAGAUGACGGCUCAAGCGUGAAGGAUAUUACAGCGCUAACGAUUGGAAAGAUUGGUGAAAAUAUAACUGUUAAGCGUGCAGUUUGUAUGCAUGUGCCUGUUGGCCAUAUAUUAGGGAGCUAUGUUCAUUCUAUGGCAAAAACAUCUAUUUUAAAAACAAACGAUUGUUCGCUUGGGAAAUACGGAGCCCUGGUUGCUGCCCACAGCAUCAAAAAGUCAUCUGCCAAAAUGCAACCGGAUGAAUUUGGUAGGAGAUUGUGUCAACAUAUUGUUGGUAUGAAGCCUGUAAGAAUAGGUGAAUUUGUUCCACCAGUUCAAAAAGAAUCAGAAGAACAAGAAGAUGGAGAAGAAAUAGAGGAACAAAUAGUGACAGACCUGGUUAACCAAGAGUAUUUGAUAGAUCCAUCAUUAACUGUUGGUGAAUUAUUGUAUCAAGAAGGCAUCCAAGUUAUUGACUUUGUUCGCUAUGAAUGUGGACAGAAAUUACACUAAAACUCCAAUCAAACAUUAGAUUUACAAGCACUGACAAAAUGCCACAUUAAAAAGCAAUUUUCAGUUGAAUAGAACUUUUCACACUAGGUCAAGUUGUGUAUGGUGUAAACAUUUAUUGCAAUACUAAUCCACCACUGUUGUAGAAAACAAUAAAAAUGAAAAAAAUUCAACCAAAAGUGUUAACGUUUCUUUUGUUUUUUACUUAAAUAAACUGGGAUUUCUUGCAUGAUUAAUCCUUGCAUCAAAAAGUAACUGAGGUACAUCCUAAUACUACUACUGCUUUUUAAAAAACUACUACUGUAUAAGAACAUUUUACCUACUUAAUAUAAAGUUUAUUAAAAUCCCAAAGGAAAAAUCUGCAUACUGUAAUAUUGUAUUUACACUGUCUGGUAAAAUCUGAAGUACCUUAAAAAUAAAUUAAAAAGAUUUAAAAUUUCAAUUUAAAGAUAAAUGAAUUAUAUCUACUAAGAAUUAAGCAAUUAUAUUUUUAAAAAUUUAUUAGGUCAACAGUGUAUAUUUUAACCUUAUUUUUUUCAACAAUAAAGUCGUAACACUGCAUUGAAGGGCUGUGAACGAGAAUCUGGUAAACAGUUGUAACAGAAAUUCUCAUUUUGCACAUAUAAAUGAAUAGUUUGUACAUUCCACUCAAUAGCCCUGCUAAAUUACAAAUAAACAUAUUCUUUACGUCUAUAUUUCACUACCUUACUAUGGUCCUCGCAUGUUAUAGAAUACUGUAAAAAUAGCAUACUAGUACAGUACUGUACAUCAUUUUAUUUAUUUUUGUUUCAUUUUUAGACAUCAAUAAUGUAAAUCAGCUGCUUCCACAUAAUUGUAAAAAAAAACAACAAAUAUAAUGUAUUUUGAUAAAAUAUUACAUUAAACAUUAAGAAAAAUUCACUUUGUGCUGAGCCCAUCUCUUGCUACAUGUAAUCUCUAUAUUUCUUGUUGCUAUAUCAACAAAUUUUGAUCUGUCAAACAAUAUUGCCAAAAACCUUUUUUUUUGUUAACAUAAAAUAGAAAUAACUAAAAUUAUAUCAGAACUGAUAACAUUAU